AUGGGUUCGGGUGGUGUAGGCAAGUCUGCUCUAACUAUUCGCCUUGUUCAAGACAGAUUUUCAACUGUUUAUGAUCCAACAAUCGAAGAUUCAUAUGUAAAGCUAUUAAAUGUCGAUGGAAAGCCAUUAAAACUAGAUAUUCUUGAUACUGCAGGACAGGACGAUUUUAAGGCUAUCAGAGAGACUUACAUGCGUUCAGGUAAUGGGUUCCUUGUUGUUUUCUCAUUAAUUGACAGUCAUUCCUUUGAUAUGGUAAAUGGAUAUAUCAAAGACAUCAGAUUAACAAAUGGAAGAGAAGACAUUCCAAUUGUUUGCUGUGGAAACAAGUGUGAUCUCGGUGAUCAAAGACAGAUCUCUCCAGAAGAAGUUGAAGAGUACUUCCGUAGUGUCAAAUGCUGCUAUUUCGAAACUUCUGCAGCGAGAAAUAUAAAUGUUCAAGAAGCUUUCUUAACCGUGGCAAGAAUGAUGAGAGAAGCUAAUCCGAAUUAUUACUCACCUUCUGAUAUCCCUGGUAAGAAAGAUUCUCGAUCAAAUGUUGAUCAAUCCGAAGAACCUGAUUGUGCAUGUAAUAUUCUUUGA